AUGCGUCUCAGCAAUGCAUCAGCCUCGCAGCGCCAAGAAUCUGUGAGUCGUUAUCACGAACGAAACGCGUCGGCUCUCAUUCACCGCCGCCUACACUUAGCUAUACGUGCUGAUGGUCAAGAACGCCAUGUCAUCAGGCUUCAAGAAAGCCAGCAUUCCUCGUUGUUCAUGUACUGGCAGGAGCUGCAGCCUAUUUUUUGA